AUGAAAUUAUUAACGCACAUUUACCAUCCAGCUGUAAAUAAUGAGUGUUCAACACCGUUUUAUUGUAGUGGAUGUUGCAGUAAACAAUGGUCACCUGCCAUUACCAUCAGCAAAAUGAUCGAACUUUUUGUAAUUGCCAUUGAUCAUCCAGAAGACGCUGCAACGUACUGUGUAAUGGAUCCAAAAGCUAAACAACUGUACGAUCAAAAUAGAACCCAGUAUGAAGCAAAAGCUUUGGCGAUGGUAAAACAAUUUUCCUGCUCACGUCCAAAUUCGUUAAUGAUUUCAUUAAAGCUUGCUGCCAAACGAAUGAUAUGUAAACAACUUUAUUUUGAUUCGGUAAAAAUCAAUCAAUUACCAUUAUCCAAUAGCUUGAAACAAUAUUUGAAUCCGUCAAUAGACUCCAGUUAG